AUGACAUCACGCCUUCUAUACACGAACCAGGCGGGUGGAAAGACAUGGCGGGCGAUACAGUUGGUCGUGUUAAUGCUGAUCGGAUACUGUGCUUUGGUAGCAGUAGCGAUGGGCAUCUCAGAAUCCGCCGUUAUCAAUCCGCAUGCAUCGGCUUCUGCCAAAACGCGCAAAGUCGCUCGGACCAACAUCUCAGCCGCAUAUAUACGUCACACCGACAGUGAAAUAACACAAAUACACUGUGGUACGGGUAAUAUGCGUGUUAGGAAACUGCGGAUGAUGGACGACUUUUCGAGAGACGAUUACGGGUACAACGGAUACAUGGGAAUGAGCCGAAGGUUUCCCACCAGAGGUGAGAAAAGGAGGACAGGCAAGUUAGAGCAACAGUUCCGGCAGUUGAGGCCCGAAAGUCGCCCAUGGGUGACAGAGGAUUUCGGGGGAAUCCCCAAGUUACCCUUGAGGACCCCAAUCGAGAUAGGGAGAGACCCGGUAGUCGACGAAUUCCUCGAGAUGCGAAAGAGGCAGGUGCCUCACUCACUGUUGAAGGACUACUAUAUGCAGCGGGUAGAUGGACAUGAUGAGGAAGAGGGCAGCGGGGAACACUCCCGGCGCAUAUUCCGGCACAGUUACGACGACUAUUAUCUGUACCUGCUGGGUGAGGGCAUCAUGCCGCAACUGGAGUCGGACGACGAAAACAGACGUGAUGGAGAAUUUGACCACGAUGUAGAUGGCGCAGCCGAUACGGAAUACACAGGUGAAACCACGACCGACACCUCUAACGACUUUGAACGCGAAAGUGACCAACAGCUAACCAGAAAUGAGGAGUACAUAAAAAUGGCCCGCGAAAGGGAAGGCUCAUACAGCCACAAGGACAAGAUUUUCCAGCUAUUUUUGGCGGCAAUGAAGGACUAUGAACGCGCCAACGUGAACGUGAUCCCUCAGGACAUCCCCGAAAACCUGGAAAUAAUAGACCCGAAUCUUGAAGACUAUUUCCUAACCGACUGCUACGGAUCGCCCAUAUUUAUCGCAAAAUGGAAUUACGAAUACCUAAAGGGGAGAGAAGGACUGGAGGGAAAAGCUCUGAUCGAUUACGACAACAUGUGGUACGAGCGCAUCGAUAAGCUGAACAGUCAUUAUGACCACCUGCACACGGACGACACACCGGGUGAUGUUUUGAAGUCGUAUUUCGUCGAUGCGGAUGCCAGCGACAUCCCGAUCAGGCGGUCGAAAAGCGGCCCCCGUAAACCACCACGCGUGGUAAUUGGUGGCAAGAGGCUUAAUAUGAAGUGGUCCGAACAUCUUUCCUCAUCAAUACUGGAACUCUUGGCGAAGAACAGCUUGAAAAGGCGUGCUCCAAGGAACGAACAGGAAAGGAAAACGCGCAUGCUUGAUUUCAAGGCUGACAUCUUCAAUGCGUGUGUCAAUGUCUCGAUGAAUCGGCUAGUGCACGAACGCGGCCUGCGUCAGGACGAAGAAAACAGAUUGAAGUACAUCCAGCACUUGCACGAUAGGAGAAAGGUGCAAAACGACAGAUUGGGAUAUCAACCAAACACUCCUUAUUGGAUUUGGGAAGAGUUCUGGAAGGACAGAUCUAGCAUUCUUCAGGAUACCAUGGUGGAGAUUCUGCGCAGUGUUAGGUCUGUGGAGCCUGAUGCGGACGUGGCGGAAUUGACCAAGGGUACCGUGGAGCACAUCAAAUCGCCUAAGCUGCAAGGUAAUCGGUUCGAAGUGCCCAUGCUGCUUGACCCUGACUCGUCACCAAAGGUGGACCGACUUGAGGCGUACUUAAAGCGCUUUGGUUCGCGCGGUGACGAUUCCACCUCCCCACCAUCUGAGGCGUCUACGGCUUCACCAGAGGGUUCCACAAACUCGAAAGAUACGGCUGCAGAAGCUAAUAGUGGAUCUGGCCCCAGACAACCUGAUGAAAUCGAUGGACUGCCGUUGCCCAAACCACUCGGAUAUUACUUUCGAGACGUUUUAUCCUUCGAUAAGUUCGAGGAGGCCUACGAGAAGUUCAACAUGGAAUGCUUCGGCACCAAGGACUACGGAGUCAGAGUGGGCCAGUUGAUAAAGGGCACGGUGGAGGACGUGAAGCCGAAGCGGCUCCUGGUGGAUAUCCACACCUCCAAGUUGGCAGUCAUGCGGUUGAUCGAUCACUUCAGGAGCCCACAAGAUGUACCUUCCGGGGGGUUCACGUCCGUAUUCAGGAAAGGAGACGUCAUGUACUUCGAGGUGAUCUCCAAGCACGGCAACGACAUCAACGUGUCCACACGCCGCGUGCAAGAAAUGUACAAGCACAGGGACAUCUAUCGCAAACACUUCAAACGUGAAAUCUUCAAAGUCAGGGCCAUUCAACGAUAUAAUUCGGGUCUCCUGGUGCAGUACCAGGGCGACGAUGUGGAGGAUAUAGAGGGCUACCAAAUGCCAGACGAACCCCGCCUUUUGGAGAAUUUGGCGUUCAUACCCUACCGAGAGCUGGACAGGACGCAUCGCAGUGAGGUGCAACGCAUCAGAUUGGGAAUAGUGGGCAAAGUACUGCCGGUAUUCAUUGCGGACUGGACAGUGUGCGAUGGAGUGCCGCUCGUUUCCAACAUUGAGGCGUUACGCAGGUUGCCGCUGGGCCAAAUAAAACCCGGUGACAUCAUACGGGCUAAACGGUGCAUGUACGGAAAGGAUGCCGUUUGGGUGCACUUCGGGCACACCAUAGGAACCCUCUCCGUUAUGGACAUGAGCAAGGAAGACUAUGCCAAGCACGUUCGCGGCGACACAGACAGCAUAGUCGCCGCCGUCAGGGACGUACACCUGUUGGCCGGAUCCAUGGAACUAUAUACGAAGGGUGUGAAGACGUCGGGCGUCGGUAUCGCUGUUAACGAAUGGAAGGAACGCAUGCGAUUGGACCCAGAUCCAGUAAAAUCGUUCAACGAUGCAGUAGCGGCUCGUAUGCCGGAUAUAUUGAAGACCAGCGUGCCGGGCACGGUGGACCCCACCAAAGUGAAGCUCAACCCAAUUCAUAACGUCCCAAACAGGAGGAUAACCUUAGCGUCAACACCCAGCCUACCACCGGGUAAAACGGAAGCAGGAAUCAGCACUUUUGAACCUAUACGCUGGGAUUUCUCUCCCACCGCCUCGAAGCACAAAGACGAGGAAGAGCUGAAACAUGAGUACAACACAUUCAAUUGGCAGGUGCUCACUGUGGACGGUUGGGUAGACCUUACUCCGGCUGAGCAGCGCCUGUAUAACCGCGCAAGGUUCCAACACGACGAGGUGGUGUACUACCAGCACAACGGGCGGUCCUACCGUGCAGACCUCCUCGACAUGGUGCGGCAGAACCUCACCGACCUCGUGGAGCAGCCGUUGAAGAAUGACUGCUACGUGGCGCUCAACGAAAAGGAGAUGCGGGCAGUCCACGGCAUAAACCUCCCCAACUCCGACCCCGGACUAAUGUGA